UGUAAUGUGGGUCUGAGUUUAGUUAAUCAAGCCACUCCUCCCUCGCCGAAAACGGUCAUCCCUUCCGCCCUCCUUGGCGCCGUAGUGAGAAAAAGGAGCAGACCCAAGGGCAGCUAGCCGGGUAGCACGACGAUUGACCAGGAUGCUCCGGGGUUCAACAGUCCUGGUUUGGGCUUGUCCCUUGAGGUCACCGUGGCAAAUGAGGGAACUUCACCUUUUUGCCCUCUCUGAACACAUCGGCUCGUCGUGGUCGGGCGUGAGGCACAUUGAUGAAGGGAGGUGUGGACGUAUCUGUGAAAAAGGAACAAGGACUGUGUGCUGCUCGGCUCACCCGCCGUCGUUCAGCGCAGACGGCGAGAAGCGUCGGCCGGAGGGCCCUCUGACCAAAGCUCUUCUGGGAAGCCAUUAUCACCGCGCUCAGGUCUCUGCCAAAACCAAAGUGGAAUCUUAUCCUUUCAGCACUUUCUGGGACUGUUUCGUCGACAGUACUUUCUGGCCUCGGGAUGUUAGCCAGGCUACGUUUGGUGUCAUCGACAAGAGCCAAUGCAACGUUCUCCGGAACUGUCUACAGCGCAAACGCAGGUCUUAUUAUUCUUUCCAUCGGCCAGAACUCAAUCCCUGGAUUUUAAACCGUCUCCCCUGUCAAGCACAGCUCCGCUGUCACAAUGUGCGCCAGAUCAGAACUGUUCAUCAGGCCGCGCCUCGCGUGGCCGACACCUGGAGGGACUGCCUGUCCCCCGAGAACGAGAGCAGGUGUCGACGGCUCCUGCAGGCCAACCGGAAGCUCUACGACAUGGACAAAGUAAGAAAAGGGGCCAGUCAGACUCAAGGGAAGAACAAAGGCAAGUGGGCAUCCAUCUUGGUUUCCCUCUGCUGCGAUAAAGGGGGGCCGGCGUUUCUUUUUACUCUGCGCUCUUGUACGCUGAAGGGCAAGCACAAAGGAGACGUUAGCUUUGCCGGAGGAAAGGGCGAUCCGUCAGACACGGAUGUGGUGGCCACAGCCCUGCGGGAGGCCCGGGAGGAGCUGGGCGUCACUGUUCCAGCUGAGAAGGUCUGGGGUGUCAUGAAACCUCUGAGGGACGCAUCAGGGAUGAUGAUUGCUCCAGUGUUGGCUAACCUCGGUCCUCUUGAGGAGUUGACCUUCGAGCCAAACCCAGAGGAGGUGGACGAGAUCUUCACCUUGUCCCUGUCACACCUGUGCAACCCCCAGAACCGAGGCUACACACACUUCCGUACCGGUGACCGAUACGGCUACACGCUGCCCGUCUUUCGCAACGGCAAACAUCGGGUGUGGGGUCUGACCGCAGUGGCCCUGGACCACACUCUGAAGCUCAUCAGGCCUCCGUACGGCUCUUAGAAAGGUUUUCACGGCUGGAACUCUUUCUUCUUGUAGCAAACAAGUCAAAAAUCAACAAAGAAAAUCAAUGUUUCCCUCGUCUGCUCAUGUUUUGUUGUGUUUUAGGAGGCUGUUAUACGUUGGCUGAAAAUACUCAUAGCAUACUCUGUUUUAAAUACAGACAGCUGCCAACUAUUUUGACCUGACCUAAAAAAAAGCACUGUUUAAGUUUUCUGUUCUUCUUAUUUGAACUAAUAAAAGUGAAGGAGCCAAUAUUUUCUUGUGUGUCUGACUGAUCCACGUAUGACCAAAACACAAGAAAGCCUCUGAUGUAUAGUGAACCAAGCCUGUGUACCGUCUACUUGUUGAUUGAACCCAGACUGCCUAAAAAUAGCCUAAAUAAUCAAAGUGUUUCAUUGAUUUUAUUUUUUUUUUGUGUGGAAGAACAAUGCAAUAAAGACGACCUGGAGCAA